UCCCAACACUACCUAGUUGUAGCGAGCGUGUUCUUUGAAGUACAGCUGGCGAGGACGCGCAGCCAAUCUGAUAGCUGCAUUCAUGGCCGGGGUUUCAAGUCGGCCAAUGAGAGAGCCGACCACAGACAGAAACACCAAAAACCCCGCCGUCAAUCAUCUGUUUGUGCAGCCUCCGGCCAGACUGUCAUACAAGACACGAUUUGGUGUUUUUUCUUUUUUUAAAUGCAUACAGUUAUUUUUAUGUAUUCUCACACGAAGGCUCAAUGUCUCCUUUCAUUCCAGAAUUGAGUUUUUUAACACGUCAGUUCUCCAAGAGGGCAAGGGAGCUGAUGCACCAAAGCCACCACCAUUGAUUGGAAGGUUUGGCACCUCGCUGAAAAUAGGGAUUGUUGGCCUGCCCAAUGUUGGUAAGUCAACCUUUUUCAACGUGCUGACAAAGAGUCAGGCUGCGGCUGAAAAUUUCCCCUUCUGCACCAUUGACCCAAAUGAAAGCAGAGUGCCCAUUCCAGAUGAACGCUAUGAUUUCCUCUGCCAAUUCCAUAAACCUGCCAGCAAAAUCCCAGCUUUUCUUAAUGUUGUUGACAUUGCUGGUCUGGUGAAAGGUGCUCAUGCUGGCCAAGGCCUGGGAAAUGCCUUCCUGUCCCACAUCAACGCCUGUGAUGGCAUCUUCCACAUGACACGUGCUUUUGAUGAUGAGGAUAUCAUCCAUGUGGAGGGGACAGUGGACCCAGUGAGGGACAUGGAGAUCAUCCACGAGGAGCUGAGGCUGAAGGAUGAGGAGAUGAUCAGCCCUAUUAUUGACAAGCUAGAGAAGACAGCCAUUAGAGGCAGUGACAAGAAACUCAAACCAGAAUAUGACAUUAUGUGCAAAAUCAAGAGCUGGGUAGUGGAUGAAAAGAAACACAUCCGCUACUAUCACGACUGGAACGACAAGGAGAUCGAAGUGCUGAACAAAUACUUGUUUUUGACAUCCAAACCAAUGAUCUACCUCGUUAAUCUCUCUGAGAAAGACUACAUAAGAAGAAAGAACAAAUGGUUGGUGAAAAUCAAGGAGUGGGUGGACAGUCAUGACCCCGGAGCCUUGGUCAUCCCCUUUAGUGGCGGCCUAGAGAGCCUGCUGCAGGACAAGAGUGAAGAGGAGAGGCAGAAGUACAGCACAGAGCACAAGACGCAGAGUGCCCUGAGCAAGAUCAUCAAGGCAGGCUACGCAGCCCUGCAGCUGGAGUACUUCUUCACUGCUGGACCAGAUGAGGUCCGUGCAUGGACCAUUCGGAAAGGAACUAAGGCUCCACAGGCUGCGGGGAAGAUCCACACAGACUUUGAGAGGGGCUUCAUUAUGGCGGAAGUAAUGAAAUUCCAGGAUUUUAAAGAGGAAGGCAGCGAGAGUGCUGUCAAGGCAGCUGGUAAAUACAGACAGCAGGGAAGAAACUACAUCGUCGAGGAUGGAGACAUCAUCUUUUUUAAAUUCAACGCGCCGAACGCACCAAAGAAAAAGUGACGCAAGAACAAUGCGUUUGUUUGCACAACUGACUGUCUUGUUGCCUUAUAUCUGGCCACUUUUACACUUUUUGUUUUCCGUGCUGUAGGACUGAAUCCUCCACUCGUGUGCCAAGGCACAGGUUCAGCAAACUCUGACAGCUUUGCUAUUUAAGAUCAGGAUCGGCCCCCACUCCAAAUUGUAGCAGCAUUUGAAGGAGCAUAUUACUCUCCAGAUACUUCAUUAAUCUCCAUCACGGGUGCCAACACUGACACAGCUGACAGCGGGGACAAUGCCACCUGCUCCUCUCCCCCUUCUGCAGAUAAUGCAUGUUUUACAGUAGCCCAGAUGUCUACACUCAAUAAAACAUUUGACAAAACCAGUCUGUGUGUGUUUUGGGAUGUCUGUAUUGAGUGGGAAGCUGCAUGGGGAUAGUGAUAGCGGUCCUGCCGACCACUGAUUAGAGAAUUAAAAGACACAGCUGACACUGACUGUAGCAUAGAGGGGACAAUUAUAAUUAAAUCUGUUAACUGAAGCUGAUUUUGGAAGGGCACAUGCUGGAUGCAGGUGUCUUGGCCAAAAGAAAUGGUCACUUUAAAUGAUUAUUUGCAAAGAGACUGAGUUAACCUUUCAUUUAUCAUUUUUAUGACAUUAUUGUAUGAUAUUAUACAUGCGCUCUCUUUCACUAUGCCACCAGCUUUUCGACUCUGUCCCUAAAAAAAAAAAAAAAAACAGAAAAAUAAGAA